ACUAACCGUAGUGGUGGGAGCGAGAGAGAGCGAGAGUGACUGAGCGGAUGGAUGCAGUUGGUGUGCUUGCAAUAUGCCCCUGCGUUCUAUCCGAAACCCCUCUAUCUCGGGGGAAGAAUGGAGCCGCUGCCGCCCAUGGCCGAGCCCACAGCCUCUCUUUCCGAUCAUAUCGCCAUCUUGCCGCCUUCCAACCCUCUCCCUUCCUCGCCCUUUCCUCCUCUUGCCGUCACGCAGGCACAGUUCGCGCUCGGAGGACCAAAACUCGCAUAUUCCUGCCACACCUUGUCGCUGCCAUGGAAGGGGUUGAGGAGACUUACAUCAUGAUAAAGCCCGAUGGUGUACAACGUGGGCUGGUUGGGGAAAUCAUUUCCCGCUUUGAGAAGAAGGGAUUUUUGCUCAAAGGUUUGAAGCUUUUCCAGUGUCCAAAAGAGUUAGCUGAGGAGCAUUAUAAGGAUCUUAAAGACAAAUCUUUCUAUCCUAAGCUGAUUGAUUAUAUCACUUCAGGCCCAGUUGUUUGUAUGGCAUGGGAGGGUGUUGGUGUUGUUGCAUCAUCUCGUAAACUUAUAGGAGCAACAAAUCCUCUUCAAGCUGAACCAGGAACCAUACGAGGUGACCUGGCAGUUCAAACAGGAAGAAAUGUUGUGCAUGGAAGUGAUAGCCCUGAGAAUGGCCAUCGUGAAAUUGAUCUAUGGUUUAAAGAAGGUGAAUUAUGUCACUGGGUACCAGCUCAAGCACCUUGGCUGAGGGAGUAAAUUUCCACCAUUAUUUCAAAAAUUCUUAUGAUUGGCGGCUUACUUUGCUGCCAUGUUUUCUGAGUUCUCGUUAUUCUGUUGAUUGCGGCGUGUGCCAUCGGGUCACACAGGUUACUUGAUGAGGCUAUGAACCAUUAUUACUUUGAGCUGACUGCCAGAAUUGAAAUCAUUACGAACGACGUUUGCCUUAACAACGUAUCAUUUUAUUGGUUGAGAGAAGUGGUUUGUGGUCGCAGCAUGAAAACAUUUUGACAUUUUUUUAAAUUUCCAUGUAAUGCAAGCGUUGGCCUUUCGUCUA